AUGGCUCACGCGAUCACUGUGAUUCUGAUGGUGCUCAUGGCGCUGUUCGUCUUCUCUGCCGUCGCGCAAUCCCCGGCUCAGUCUCCCAAGGCAGCGACGACUCCCUCACCGAAGAAUUCUCCGUCGCCGGCCUCUACUCCUUCUUCCACCGCGACUUCACCGGCUGUUUCUCCCUCUCCGACGAGUGCGAGCUCUCCUCCUUCGCCUCCAGCAUCUUCUCCGUCUCCUUCUCCAUCGCCUGCCGCCGAUACUCCUCCUUCGAUCGCGGAGCCUCCUUCUGAGGCUCCGGCGCCUUCCGAGAACGGUGCUGCUUCGGAUCGCUUUGCCGUCGCCGGAUCUGUUGCCUUUGGCAUCGCCGCAGCUGCUUUGUUCAUGUAA